AAAUAAAAGUGUCAAUUUUUUCUUAUCCGAUUACUGAACUGACAAAACUUUUUAGUUUUUUUCUUGUUUCUUCUAUUUUUACUACGAAAUUUUAUAGUAAAACUUUUUAAUUUAUCUUUUUUAAAUCGAAUGGAAAACAAAGAAAAAACAUGAGUUAGUGACUCCUCCAAAACAUCAUGUCUUUUAAUAAUUUUAAUUACAUGGAUGGAGUGCCUGUCAAAAUAUCUGAAAAAUACAAACCACCUCCCAAAGUAACCAUUCCACAGGCGGUUGUAAAUCGUCUAAGCAAUAUAACCGAGGACCAAUACGAAUCUCCGGAAUUCACAUAUAAUUUUCAAUUGGAAAAACAAGUGAUAAAGAAACUUGCGGAAUGGAGAAAAGUUCGUGAGGUCGAACGAGAAAAUCGUCGUGAGCGGAUACGAAUCUAUGAGUUGCAAAAAUGUCGCGACAACGAAGCCAAACAGAAACAGCUUCUCACAGCAGUUUCCUAUCCGAGUGCAGAAGAUCUCUCCUCAGGCUCAGAUAACGAAGACAAAGAAGAAGAGAAUAAUAAAGUAAAUGAUAAGGCACCAGUUGCCGACGUCGUCACCACCAACAACGCUGACCAAUCAAAUCACCAUUCACGACAAAGCUACGACACCAUCCUACAACCAACAGUUGCGAUCCCCUUAAGCUCAUCGUACUCGACAUACUCACCUUCCACAGUUUUAAUUCCUAGUAAAAUUAAUUAUUCAGAUUUUGAAAAUGAUACAUCGUCGCCCUUCGACAAUAUCGAGCUUAAGACAAUUAACGACUUAGAUAUUUUAGCUCAAGUACUGAACGAUACUCAGAAACAUUCCGUUAGCAAUGGUGAACUAACAGAUACAGCUUCAGCUACAGCUACUGUUGUCGAAGAAGAUAGUAGCUCCAACAAAACACCUGAACAAUCUCCAACUGUUCUUAGUGAGAAUUCUAAAGGCUUUCAACCACCCGUAGCAAUCAGUCAAUGCAAUACAAGUCAAGAGUCAAAUUUCUACUACAAUUCGAUGGUGUCUCAAACGCAAGCCCUUCAUCUCCAACAACAACAACACCAAACCCAUCAGCACCAUCAGUAUAAUAUGAUGAACUAUGAAACUGUUAAGCAUCACAAUAAUAUGGAACCUUGUGCGGCCGAUUUGUAUUUUAAUUAUAACAACUUGCCAGAAGUGAGUAAUCACAAUUAUCUAUAUGGAAACUACACAACGCCGUCGACGCAGCUUCAAAUACAGAAUUCUUCUCCUGUGGUAAUGUCGGCGGCGGUGUCGAUGGCCGACCACAAUAAUAAAUACAAUAACUAUCCAAAUGGGACGUUUUUAAAUAAUUAUAACUGUGAUUCUCGAUAUGGGAUGCAAAGUGCCGAUAGUGGUACGGUGUGCAAUGCAUUCAUUGGCAAUCGAUUGGAAGCCAACGAAAUUGUUUCGAAAAGUAAAUCCAAAAGUGUUCCGGACAUUCUUAAGGAAUUGAAGGAUGAAAUAAGGGAUUCUGAAAUAAGGAGAACGAGAAACAAUAGUCAAACAAUGGUUGAUCAAUCAAAGAGAAACUCAGCUGAUUCAGCGCAAUCGCUACCAAGUCCAAAUCAACCGUCUCGAUCUUCUUCCUCUUCCUCGACUAGCUUUAUGAAACUUUCACCAUCUUCACAAAAGUUGGCGAAAAAUAUCAGUUUUAUGGGAUUUCCUUUAGAAAGAGUAUCCAAAAUAGCCGAACUUUAUGGUAAUGAUGAUAAAAAAAUAAUUGAACAUCUUAUACCGUUGAGUGAACUUCUCGAUUUGGGAUUUGAUGAAUCAAAAAUAUCAGAAGCCCUUAUUAAGUUCGAUAAUAAUAAAGAUAAAGCUCUUGACUUCCUUAUUUCAUAGUUAAAAAAAAAAGAAGAAUAAACCUUUUAAACUAUGAGCAGCUUGUUAAUUAUAUAUGUAUAUGUUGUCCUGUCCCUAAAACAUCAUAUUUGUACACAAGUAUCCUUGUCCCCACUUAUAAAAUGCAAUAGCAAACAACAAAAAAAAACAAAAACAAACACUUUAUGAUGUGAAAUGUAUCUAUUAAUUUAUUAUUACUGAGAAAAAUAAAUACUAAGCAUUACAAUUAUAUAAA